AUGAAUGCCCCCCUGCACAGGCCGUCUAGCAAGGGAAAACCAACAGAUCCUAAGCUCAGGGAGAAAGUGAAGGAGGAGGUCAAGAACGAGACGAACAAGGACGGAGGUGGAAAGGGACAAUGGAGCGCAUGGAAGGCUAGCAAGCUAUCUAAAGAGUACGAAAAGAAGGGUGGGGGUUACGAGAACGAAGCUGGAAGCAAGAACGAGCCGAAGAAGGGAGCUCCACAACAGAAGUCUAAAGGCAAGAAGAAGGCCGAAGAAAAGGAAGAGAAACAGGAGGAUAAGAAGGAAGAGACAGAGAAACCAAAGGAGGAGGAGCCGUCGAAAGAAGACGACAAAGACGAGGGAAAGAAGGAGGAUGACGAGGAGAAGGAGAACAAAGAUGGUGAGGAGCAACGGGAAGAAGAAGAAGAGGCUCCUCCAAGUGCGCAGAAGCCCAAGGCCAACACCGGCGCAAAGAAGACGGGUGCCAAAGCUGGUGCUAAGAAAGCAGAGAAAUCUGCCGAACCCAAGAAGUCAGCCGCACCGAAGAAGGAAGCAAAGGAGAGGACAGAAGGAACGAGAAAGUCAACAAGGGUUGCUGGGAAGAGGAAGACGUAUGACGAAGAUGAAGAUGACGGUGAGGAAGAGGAGAAGUCAACCAAGGCCAAAGCGAAGAAGAGCAAGGCUUGA